GACGUAUACGGCUCCUUCCACUAGGGGCCGUUCGUCCAAUCAGAAUCCCGUUAUUUCUCCGUUUCGAUGACGUCAGUUGUGCGACACAAUUGCAGCGGAAGUACCGGUAGAAUGUGUGAGCAGUGUGUUUUGUUCCUGUUGAAUGUUAUUUCAAAUAACUUAUUUGUUACUGAGUGGUAUAGCCUGCAAACACUGUUCAUGUAUUGCAAACUUGUUUUUUGAAGUUUUUCGAGUAAAAUGCUCGGAGCAUAUUUGCACAUAUUUAGAAUAGUUGUAAAAUAACAUUUGGCAGUGGUGCUAACGUGCUGAGCUAAGUGGAGUCAUCAUGUCAAAGCAGCCAUUGGGGAAGACGUUGUUGAGGAAUGUAAUCCGACACACAGAUGCCCACAACAAGAUCCAGGAGGAGACGGAGAUGUGGAAAAUGCGAGGCUGGGAGAUCCAAACAUCCCAUCCCAAACAGUGUCCAGACACAGACACUAUGAGAGGGCGAAUGCACUGCGAUCGAGGGUCUGAUCAACUUAGAAGCAGAAACGCAGUCUCCGAGCACGACGACAGGGAAGCUCGAUACUGGACCCGCAAACUUUAUGAAUUUGAGGCCACAGAUCCCGACAGAUGGGGACACGGUGGCUUCAAGGAACUUUAUCCUGAGGAGUUUGAAAGUGAUGGUGAAACAGGCGAUGCCAGGAAGAAAAUUGGGCGGCACAAAUUGAAGAAGUCUGACACUGGCCUUUCAAAGCGAUCCAAAAAGUCCUCACGAAAGAAGAAGAAGAAGAAAAAGAAAAAGAAGAGAGCAAAUGAUGGGAAACGAAGGAAAGAUGAGUCAUCAAGCAGCGAGUGCAGCAGUGAUGAGAGCAGCGCAGAGAAAGACAAGCACAGGAAGAGAAAAAGGACAAAAAGUCGACAUAAAAGCAAGAAAAGUGUGAAAACCAGAGCGAGAGAUGAGGACAGCAGCUCAGCAGACACUGAUGGGGAAAAGAGGGAGAGGCUGUCUCGCAGUCGUAAAAAAAGAAAGCAGGACACGCACAACGACUCAGACUCAGGGCCAGACUCCAGGACGAAGAAAAGGAAAAACUGGAAAGCUGCAGAUGAGAGCUCAGAUGACAGUAUUGCAGAC